AUGGCGAUGCAGGAGGAUGCCAUGGAGCUCUUGGUCGAAGUACCAGAGGCUGCCGAAAUGCGGUCGAGAUGCACUGUGAUUAUAGAUUCGGAAUGGUUCGGAGCUUUGCUGAUUAGAUUGCCGCCCGUGAUUCAAAUCAACACCAUUGGCGGUUCCGAAGAGCGCGGGGCGCGCGGCGUGGCGCUGGGCGCGGUGGGCUACCGAGCCGUCAGACCUGAGAAAGCGAGCAUCAUGCAGACCAUCACCGACUGGGAGGAGAUUCCGGGCAUUGAUAAGGUCAUCGAACAGGCCAAGAGCUUGGAGUCGAAGGUGCAGCUGCGCAGCCUGAACGACCUCUUCUACGAGUCCCAGCCGGAGGAGCUGCCAUGGAUCCGCACCGAGUGCGUCAUCGACGUGGUGCAGGGCGCGGCCUAUUUGGGCCAGGCGGUGGUCUUCCUCUACAAGGCCAUCGACUAUGACGGCUUGAAGUGCCCCAACAAUUCGCCCGUCGGAUGUGCUGCCAGUGUGGCGGGCUUCAUCACCUCCAUCAGUUGGAUCGCCUCGUACCUCUCCUUCGCGGCCAACGCCUGUGGCGCUGCGGUCAACUCGGGCGCCCUGUGCGCGGGAGACUGGACGGCCCUGAUGGCGAACUUUGGGGAGAUGGCGACCGUGGGUGCCGCUGUGAAGGAGGACUGCGACUUCAACAAGGACUGGAUUGCCCUGCUGCACGUGACCGACGCCAACCCCCUGCCGCCCAACUGGCAAGCCUUCGUCCCCGCCGGUGCCGCGCCCACCGUGGAGACCAUCGCCAAGGUCGAUGCGCUCCGCACGUCCAAGCGCAACCGCAACUUCGACCUCACCCAGUGCGUCAUGGCCGACGUGACCAACGCGGCCGCCUACAUUGUCCGUGUGAUCCUGCAGAUCCGCUCGGCGGCCAGCGCUUGCCCAGAGCCGAGGGCCUGCGCCAUCAACAUCUUGAACAUUAUCAGCUCCUUUGCUUGGAUCUCCCAGUUCACGGCUUUGGCCGUGUCGGAUUGCUGGACGAAGGGCAGUCAGAAGGCCCUGUGCGCUGCCGACAUCUCUGACAUGGUGGCAGCCGUGACCAACGGUCCCGCGGCUGGCAUUGCUACCACCUCGGAUUGCGCUGACCUCCCAGAUCCGCUGGAGGAGGAGAAGCACCUGCCCAUGGACUAA